GCGUUAGGAUUCACUAGUUCCGAAUUUCUGAUAUAGGCGCUUCGUAUGGAAGAUUGGAAUAUUUUUCUGUCUAUACUGUUAUCAAUUUGUUUACGUUUUUAAAAGUGCUGUCGAAGCAUGUCUAAACUUUUAAACAUCAGUAGCUUUGUUCGGAAUUAUAAAAUUUUUUCAUGCCUCCCAUCAUCAUUGAAAAAUGUUGCAUUAUUUUCCUCCCAGUCAUCUGAGGAAUUCAUAGAAAAUGUUGUGAAAAACAAGCUUAGGAAUGCUUUGCAGCCUGAAUUUAUAGAAGUUGUUAAUGAAAGUGCACGACAUAAUGUUCCUAGAGGAUCUGCCUCUCAUAUAAGAGUAACAAUUGUUUCUCCUCUAUUUAACAACAAGAAUCUUGUACAGAGGCAUCGUUUAGUUAAUGCUGCUCUUCAAGAAGAGUUAAAAGGCCCCAUUCAUGCCCUAUCUAUUGUUGCCGUUUCUUCUUCUGAGGUAACAGAGAAGGGACCAGAAAAAACAGAAUCACCUCCUUGUAGAGGAGGUUCAGGCCUUUAAAAUUGACCAAUUAAAUUUAUUCAUGUACAAAUAGUUUUUCUAGUUCUGCUAAUUGUUACAGCUUUGUUGUAAUAGUAAACUUAAAUAAAAUUAUCUUUGUGUUUAACAAUUUUUUAAAA